CUGUCAACACAGGAUCACAGCGCUUUUCCGCAAAGUUAGUUUAAUUUAGAUAACGUUACAUUAAUUAGUUUGUCCGGGCAUGGCCAACCGAAAUAUGCAACAAGCGAGCGUGCCGAACAGCAAUUCUUCUCAGCCGGCGAAACACGGGACCGACUCCCCGGCCCCGGAGCAGUCACCGGCGAACAAAGACAGCCCAGCGCCGCAGCCACAGGAGUCCCCCGCGGCCGAACAGGCGGAAGGAGUCGGGGAAGGAAUCGACGAAGGGCCGGCAGAAAUGACUCUGGAUAUCACGAGUUUUCGGAAGCCCGGAGAGAAGACGUUCACCCAACGCUCACGGCUGUUUGUCGGGAACCUCCCGUUGGAUAUCCCCGAAGAGGAGUUCAAGAACAUGUUUGCUAAAUAUGGGAACGUUAACGAGGUCUUCAUCAACAGAGAGCGGGGCUUCGGCUUCAUUCGCUUGGAAACUCGGACGUUAGCAGAGAUUGCUAAAGCUGAGCUGGAUGGGACUAUUUUGAAUAACAGACCGAUGAGGAUUCGCUUUGCCACACAUGGUGCUGCGCUCACAGUGCGCAACCUGUUGCCUGUGGUUACAAAUGAGCUGCUGGAACAGGCCUUUUCUCAGUUUGGGCCGGUGGAACGGGCUAUUGUCGUGACAGAUGACCGCGGUCGUCCCACUGGGAGAGGAGUUGUGGAGUUUGCAAACAAAGCAGCUGCACGUAAAGCCCUGGAGCGCUGCACGGAGGGAGCGCUGCUGCUGACCACCACACCUUGUCCAGCCAUUGUGGAGCCUUCGGACCACUUUGAUGAUGAGGAUGGACUGCCUGAAAAAUUGCUGCAGAAGAUUCCAAAGUACCAUAAGGAGCGAGAGCAGCUGCCACAUUUUGCUCAGCCCGGGACAUUCGAGUUUGAAUACUCUUCUCGCUGGAAAGCUCUUCAUGAGAUGGAGAAACAGCAAAGAGAGCAGGUGGACAAGAACAUUAGAGAGGCCAAAGAGAAACUGGAGGCUGAGCUGGAGUCAGCGAAACACGAACAUCAGCUCAUGUUAAUGAGACAAGAUCUGAUGAGACGUCAGGAGGAGCUGAGGAGACUGGAGGAGCUCCGCAACCAGGAGCUGCAGCGACGAAAGCAGAUUGAGAUGAGGCAUGAAGAAGAGAGGAGGAGGAGAGAGGAGGAGAUGAUGAGACACAGAGAACAGGAGGACCUGAGACGCCACCCAGAUGGCUUCAAACCGAACUACCUGGACAAUAGAGAACAGGAAAUGAGAGUGGGUGAGCUGGGCCCUCGUGGAGCCAUUAAUAUGGGAGAUGGCUAUAACCAGGCCUCUCCGGGGCCCAGUGGUAACCAGGGUCAAAUGAUGGGCAUGAGUGGAAGGGGAGCAGCCAUUGGCCCAGAGGGAGCGACAAAUAUGGGGACACCGCUGAUGUCAGAGAAUGGAGCCAUGCGGAACGAUAGAUACCCACAGGGUGGACCAAUGGGGGGCCGACCAGAAGCGGAGUCCCCAAAGCAGCAGCAGCAGCAGCAGCAAACGCAGCAGCAACCGCAGCAUCAGCAGCAGCAGCAGCAGCAGCAGCAUCAGCCACAGCAGCCAUUGGGCCCUCAGGUUGGACCAGCCCCAGGAUUUGGCAGGGGGAGUCCAGUAGGGGGAGUGUUUGAUGGGCCAAAUAACAAGCGCCGCAGAUACUAACUGUUCUCUGUGAUCAUGGAGACUUUUCAUUGACUUUUGUUACUGCCCCAUGGCAUCAUUUCUGUUCCCUGCAACGCAAGCCGUCACUGAGGGGACUUAUCUUGUGACUGAUGAAACUACAGGAAAAUGCUUUGUACCUACACGUUUCUGCAAUGUUUAUACUUAAUAUUUUUCACUGCAUAUGUUUCUCUGUGUUUUCUGAAUGAAAUAGUUUGUGCUUUUUGUGUGUGCUGAAGUUUGGCCUUUGUGCUUCUACAGCUUCAGUUGCCAUGGCUGCUGUGGUCUUGGACACUCUUCACGAAGCUGCUCGAGGGCAGUGGUUCAGUUUGGUUUUUCAUUAGAGCCACAAUAAGAAUGCUGACCUCUCAAACUGACACAAAAAACAACACCCACUAAACAAAAAGAUUUUCCUGGAAGUAAACAAUCGUAUUAAUAUCUACAUUCAGUCAAACAUGCCUUAGUUUGUAGAUGUCCCUUUAAACAUACUGUUACUGUAGCUGAUUAGAUGUUCAGUCAUGUAGUGAGCGAAUGUUUCUGGAGCCUCAUUGCAGCCUGUAUUUGUGAAGAUAAGAGAAAUAAAACAUUAGUCAGAAGUUAUGUCUCUUUGUGAU